AUGGAGUCAUCACCUCCACAUCCUGACCGGGCCGAAGGUGACCGGGGGCCGAAGGCAGGCCUUGGCCGGAAGCGCAUCGAGGGUGGCCGUGCCGUGUUCGACGUCACCUUGCUGAAGCCUUUGGGGCUGACGCCGAAGAACUUCCCCAACAGACCCGGCGUGGGCAUCGCCAAGAUCAAGGAAGGUGGCAAUACCGAGUUCUGGAACAAAAAGGUCUUGCUGGAAGAUGUUCCGGGAAUGUUUGUGCUUGAGGGGGAUGAAGUGGUGGGCGUGAACGACACCAUUUGUGAAGGGAAGGACUUGGAGACCGUGUCGAAGUUGGUGAAGGAAUCUCCAGGAGACACGGUGACCUUGAAGUUAGUGCGGAACUAUUUGACCGGACCGGUGAAGAUUGUUUGGAAGCCAUCCUUGAAGAUGGGCACCUACAAACGUGGAGCUCUCCUGCGGGCCUGCGAAGAGACUCUGGGUGCCAAUGUUCGCUACUCCUGCGAAGAUGGUUGGUGUAGUUCAUGCUGGCAUGCGGAAGACAAUUACAUGACCGUGUAUCGAAUUUGCAAGAUGGACGUUCCGGAGAAAUGGGAUAAUGUGAUGCCCUUCGUGUUGCUGAGCGCUCUCGAGGUGAAAAAUACCAAGGGCGCCUUGAACCGAACGAGUUGGGGGAGGAGGGAAGAGACCCGUCUCGGGCUGGGUGCCUUUGGUCGGUAA